AUGAAAUUGGUUGAUAUUUUACUCUUACUGACUGCGGCAGCAACCGCUAAUGCAAUACUAAUCCCGACUGAUAACAAUGGUUCACUCCAAGCAUCAGUCACUUCCAGUCAAGUGUCCGUUUCAACCAAUGAGCCCAGUCCAGGCACUUCCAAUGAAUACCAGGAAGAACCAGUGGAUUUAAGUCUUCCCGGCCGAAUCCGGCAAGGGAUAAUGGAUCAACUCGGUCUAAACACUCCCACUCAAGGUCAACAACCGACUGCAACUGUAACUGGUCCAAGUACUUUCAAACAAGGCCGAAAACGCAUAAUGGAUGUGAUUGAUUUACUGAUUUCCAGACAAAACCAGCAACGACCAAUUGAUGAAGUUGAUCCAAACGCUUCCAAACAAAGUCAGCAACAGCCAAUGGAUCAACCCAAUCCAAGUACUUCCAAACGAAGUCGGAAACGGCCAAUCAAUGAAAUCAGUCCAAGCAUUUUUAGCCAAGCGUCUGGUUCAACUAAUGAACCCAGUCCAAGUGCUCCAAAACGAGAUCGAAAACAACCAAUUGAUCAACCCAUUCCAAGCACUUCCAGUCAAGACCAACAACAACCAAUAAACGAAGGCGAGUCUGCUAAUACUAGUUCAAAUCAAGUGACUGAAUUAAGCCCAAGAUACCAGAGAACCUUUGAUGGUAUAAAGCAAAGGCUUGUAGAGUCUAAAAUAGUACAAAAGAAAAAACACAAAAAAUAUUGGGAUUAUGAAGCCAUUGGAUUGGAACACCAGCUAGCGCUAGAAAGGGGAGAAGAUAUAUCAGGGUCAACGUACGAUCCAGACACUGAAAAGAAAUUGAAACAAGAGUAUAGAGAUGCAGGAGCAAGAGUGUGGGAGUUAAGGCAUCAGCUGAAAAAGUUUAUGAAAAGGCGUGGUUUGAAAUUUGAAGAACCGAAUUAG